GGAGUAUCGGUUUGGAUGUUGUUUGUUAUGAUCUGGGUUUGGGUUCAGAGUCUGGACGACACGAGGGUCUUUCUGCUGUAAACACUCAUUCACGCGCUCUGGCGAUUUCCAGGAUAGUUAAGUGGUUCGCCCUAAUGAGCACUAUAUUAUGGAGAAAGUCCGAAAGAUUCUAGUUCAUCUGUCGAGGGAAAACGCCGCUCCGCAGUGCGCACGAUUCGUGCAGAGCAUAACUGGACACUUUGUUGGGAGUGUUGAGGAUCAGGCAACUGUGAGCUGUUCUUUGGAGAAUAACAGAUUUAUUUUAUGUGAUCGGCUGUGUGAUGGAGGAGUUCCUCUGAAGAGGGCGUCAUUUUGCCCCAUCAAAUACCUGUCUCACUCGGAGGCAGACUCCCUGCCCCCAGAUACCCUCAACCGUGGGGUAGACGUGGGCGUGGCUGUGCUGCUGCAGUCAGCCAAUCAGAGACUGUUGCUAACACGCCGUGCCUCCAGCCUCCGGAUCUUCCCCAAUGUUUGGGUUCCGCCCGGUGGCCAUGUGGAGCUGGAUGAAAAGCUGUUGGAUGCAGGACUCAGGGAGCUGAAGGAAGAGACCGGUCUGAAACUGAGCCCUGAUGAGAUCUCCUCUCAGCUGCUCGGCCUGUGGGAGUCAGUUUAUCCGCCCAUGCUGUCCGUAGGACUGCCUAAGAGACAUCACGUUGUGACAUACAUACUUCUGAGGAGCUGUCAAUCACACAUGCAGCUACAGGCUUGUUUGCGCCCUGAUCCUGCUGAAGUCAGUGCGUGUGUGUGGGUUGAUGCAGGUCUGGUGAAUGUUGUAGUAUCUGCAGUAGAUGGUGAGAAGGAUUCUGUUCAAAUACCAUCUGAUCUGCCACAAACUAUCAGUGUGACAGAGGUGUCUCCACACGGUGAGCUAAUCGAGACCUCGUUGCCUGUUUCUGUGCUCUGUAACCGGGCCCCGGAUCAUGGCGAGGACAUCGAACGAGUCAGCACUGGAACCAAAUUUGCCUUAGAACUGUGGUUGAAAACACUGGAGCCUCAUACUGCGAUGGUCUGAUGACUCCUCUCUGCCUGCUUCUGUUUAUGUAUGUUACCAUUUAACCAGUGCCUUGAGGAGGAUAGCACCACCUGCUGCACUGGAGUUAUUUCAACAUUCAAAUCAAAAUGC